AUGCCGUCCGACGACUACACGGCGUUUAGCGGAGGCGGCGCCCUCAAGCUAAAGGGAGGCAAGGUCUCCAAGUCCAAGAAGAAGAAGAAGGACAAGGCCGCCGGACUGGAGCACGCUCUCUCGACGGGCGAGCCGGCUGACAGCAAGGAGCUGGAGAAACCAGCCGGCAAGAAGAAGUCCCCUCGGGAUGACGAACGACCGGAAGAGGAGGACGAGCACGAUGAGCCGAUAGAAUACAAGACCGAGGCGCAAAAACGUCACGAGGAAUAUAAGAGGAAAAAGAUGCUAGAACUUGCGCAAUCCUCGAGUUCGAGGCCGGAAUUGCUCAAGACGCACAAGGAGAGGGUAGAGGAGCUCAAUACCUAUCUAUCGAAACUCAGCGAGCAUCACGAUAUGCCCAAGAUCGGACCAGGCUAG